GGACUCGGGGUUGCCGUGACAGCGGAAGAUUCGAGUCUUCAGAGAUUCGUUGCUGAGGGAGGCGAGGCUGGCAAAUGGUGGCAUCGGCAACACGUCCCUGGGCCUAGUCUCGGUGUUGUAAGUCGGCGAGUUUCGCGGAGCGUCCUCCCGGUGACCUGCCGGGGCUCCGACCAUGGAGCGCGCCGCCGCUAUGACGGACAUGUACGACCAGGCGUUGCUGGGCAUCUUGCAGCAUGUGGGCAACGUCCAGGAGUUCCUGAAUAUCCUCUUCGGCUUCCUCUAUCGCAAGACAGACUUCUACCGCCUCCUGCUGCAGCCAGGGGACCGACUGGGUUUUCCUCCUGGCGUGGCGAAGAGUAUGACUGUCAGGGCAUUCAAGAAUUUUGAAGAUUUGGCUCGUCAUGAUGAUGAGAGAAGACAGCGUGAACUUGAGGAAAAGUUGAAGAAGAGGGAGGAGGAGGAAGGUGCAGCAGCUGUGGCAGAGAGGAUGAAGGUGCCUGUCAUAGCUGAGGAGGUUGAGAUCAGCUCAGCAGCUGAGCAGAACUCUGCAUCAGGUGAUGGAAAGGCUGCCGAAGCACCAGAGUCUGCAGCAGUACCAGAGAGGGCAGAAGCAGAAGCUGCCAGCACAGUAGCAACUCCCUCAGGAGCAGCUUGUCCUGUAGAAGCUCAGCUAACAGAACCGCCAAAGAAACAGGAGCAGUUCCAGGCGAAUCCUGACAGUUACAAUGGAGCUGUACGAGAGAAUUACGCCUGGUCCCAAGACUACAGCGACCUGGAGAUCAAAGUGCCAGUGCCAAAGCAUAUCCUGAAAGGCAGGCAGGUGUCUGUGGAUAUCGGCAGUAGCUCAAUCCGUGUAGCAGUGCAGGAGGGGAAUGGGCAGCGUGUGCUCAUGGAAGGCACCCUCACCCAUAAGAUCAACACAGAGAACUCAGUCUGGAGCUUGGAACCAGGGAAGUGUGUCCUUAUUAACCUGAAUAAAGUAGGUGAAUACUGGUGGAGUGCCAUCUUGGAAGGGGAAGAGCAGAUCGACAUCGAUAAAAUCAACAAGGAACGUUCAAUGGCUACUGUGGAUGAAGAGGAACACGCUGUGUUGGAUAGACUGAGUUUUGACUACCACCAGAAGCUGCAAGGCAAACCCCAAAGCCAUGAGAUGAAAGUCCACGAGAUGCUGAAGAAGGGCUGGGAUGCUGAAGGCUCCCCUUUCCGGGGCCAGACGUUUGAUCCUUCCAUGUUCAACAUCUCUCCCGGGGCUGUGCAGUUUUGAUGAUGGGAGAAUCACCAACAUGCCGGGGACAGCAGGGACGAAGCAGAUGCCACUGCCAUACCCCUCCUGCUUGCUGAUGACGUCAAGCAGCCCGUUUUCUUUUUUGUCCCUGCCGUUGUCAUCUGGGUUUGUUUGCAAAAAACGACAGACUUUAAAAAACGGGCCCGGCAUGUGGGUUUGGUUUUGGGGAGGGGAUGUAGAGGGAGCUGAAGUGUGAGUGUGGGUGAGUCCUUCCCUCUGGCAUCAGGUUGGCAGAUUUGAUAUGCGUGUGGGGGAAGCCCAUCAAAAGCAGCAUUACGCACCGCGUUGCCAUGACAACCAGUGGCUGCUGGUAGCGUCUCCCGUCUCCCCUUCUCUCUGCUUCUUAAUGGAUUCAUUUGCUACUUUUUUUGGGGGGGGGAGCAGUGUGGUGGAGGUCAGGAAUAGGUGCAGUUUGGUUGAAAUGACUGCAGCUUUUCUCUCUUGCUGAUUUGAAGGUGCAUUCUGUUGCCCAGUUCCAGCAUUUAAGACACAUCAUCUCCUUAAAGUACUGGGCAGUUCAGCCUUUUUAA